AUGAAGGGCGGUGACCGCCUCUGGAAACAGCGUAUAUCGGCUUUCCUCUCGUCUUCCAACCAGCGACCCAACGGAUCUUUCGGAGUAGAAAAGCCAGAUUACCAUGAUGAUUUCCCACAAUACCCCGCAGGCCAUCCACUCCAGUCCUACGCACGUACUAGGGUAUUAAACAUUCCCGAGUUACUUAGCAUGAUUUUCGAGCACUGUAUGCCAGCUGAAGACUUACCCACGGACAACCCGCUGUCUCCACCACGUCUUUUUACCAACGUAUGCCAUAUGUGGCGUCAAGUUGCGCUCGCCACGCCCCGUCUCUGGUCCCGACUGUACCUUGUCUGCUUUCCUAGUAUUCCAUGCAGGAUGCUUGCACUGAGGCAUUUCACUGUGCUGACAGAUUGGUUUGAACGUUCUGGCGCUUGUUCUAUUUAUUUGCGUCUACGAUAUCUCGGGAGCUCUGCAAGUGAUGUACGCAAUAUCUCGUCAAUCCUUGCUGCUACACUAGGGCACGCACACCGCUGGCGAGACGUCGACAUCACCGCUCCGAUGCCAUGUUUGAAGCCCAUCCUACAAUUACUUGGUCAUGGGACGCCCGUGAUGGAGACGUGCCGGAUUACAAUAACAUCUGCAAACGCACCUUCUGAACAGGAAGACUUGGUUGUUGACUUGGAUAACUUGAUCGCUUUUCGACUAGGGGCUAUCAUGUUAGACUUGGAGGGGGCUAAAGAACUGAAACAUCUAUAUCUGAAGACAGAUGCACUAACGGAUAUAAUUUUCACAAGUCUUCCUCUAUCCUUGGAAACACUCAGCCUGCAUAAUUAUGAUGUUCUGCUUGGACCACCUGGUUUAGGCUUGAGCCUCCGAGCGUCGAGCCUGCGAAAGCUUAGUCUUCACUCUCAGAUUCAUAUUUCUCUCCUUGGGCAACUUGCAGAGGCCUUUCCGCGUCUUGAGGAUGCCUACCUGAACAUUAAGUACGGAAUGAACUCGGAGUCUGCAUCCAAUCUUAGCUUUGGGUCGAUCAGGUUUCCAACGUUGCAAACACUUACGUUACGUGCCGUUAGCUUGAGUGGCACUGCGGACCUUCACGCACUUGGCGUGUGCCUUGACGUCCUCCAGCUCCCAGUACUCGCAAGACUAUCGCUCUCAGUCAGCUGCUCUCGACAAGGACGGUGGACUGCUCUUUCCCGUCAUCUUGCUCGUACACGGUCUCCAUUGACUGAACUCAUCUUCAUGGGAGCAUAUUUUACAGAAGGAGAGUUCCUUGCGGUUUUACGGGAAGCGCCGAAGUUAGAAAGGUUGAAGAUGUUUGUUCGCCUGAGUGACCGUGCCUUGACAGCACUGACACUAUCUCAAUGCAGAAAUUCUACCCAAGAACAGCAGGUGCAUACACAAGGACUUUGCCCUAACUUGCAAUACCUUGACGUUCCCCUCGCAAGCCCCUGCUCCCCCGAGUCAGUUAUUAACAUGUUGCUUUCCCGUCGCUCUGAGCAAUGUUUGUCGGGCGACAAUAUUCAUGAAAACCCAGUGGUUGAGGGUUAUGACCAUACACAGGCUCGUCAUGCUCAACUCGAAGAAUGCCGGCUGAUCUUGUCGGAGCCUGGAGCUAUCGAGCUCAUCGAACGUCACCCUGGUGUCGUUCGUUGUGUUGAUCAGGGUCUUGUACUGGAUCUACGAGGCUUCUGA